CCAUAUCUCGCGGGACCAGGUCCCAGCGCCAGUCAGUCAGUCCAUCGUAGACAACGAACGAACAGUCUCCGCAGCAGUAGCAGCAGCAGCGUGCCGGUGGGCUCCACACACACACACCGUCUAGGCCGUCUCCGGAGAUCGAUCCGUUCCGUUUUGCGGGUUUUGCGCUCCGUGUUCUCCGCUCCGGAAGAUGUGCCGAGGUUUGUGCCGAGCAAAAUGUGCCCGCAUCUAGCAGCUCCGGGACGCUGCCAGGACGACUAGCCGUUCGAGUGCUGCUCGUACCUAGUCCCUUGUACCUUGCGUGAGGCGAUUACAGAGGCACCACGGCGCACACGGGUGCCGAGCACGGUCGGCGCAAUUAUUCUUUGUCCUGACUUGACCCCUAAGGUCGAGGACGGCAUCGAGCGAUCCGAGCCGCCAAACGGGCGAUUGAUUGGCUACGUGGAGGAGCGUGAACAGGCGUACAAAAAGGAACUGCCUAUCAGAAGCCAGCCAGUGAUAGGUGCAUCUGCAACCGCAGCCAGAGGUGAAGACAGAGUGAAGCCGUAUCGAACGGGAAUAAGUGUGGUGUGUCCUCCAGACCAGUGAUUGAGGCCGCUUCCCGAGCCCGCCGGCAGGAGUGUCUUUUCUAAGUGGCUUGCUGUAGAUUGUAGCGCCCGAAAAAAGCGGGACAGUUGUGUAGUAGUUGUGUCCCGUGUUGCUGCUGCCGUAGUGUGUGAACUGUGGGGCAGCUCACAAAGAGACUCGCCAAAGUGUUGUGUGUAAGUGCGCACCCCGGACGACGCUUCCUGACCACCGGGACUGGGACGCCCUUUUGAGGCCACCACCUCGGAGCGCGUAUCAGCGCCGUUGGGCCGAGUUCUGUCAGCGAUUUACGCUUCUUCCCAGCAGAAGCCGCUACGCAGCGCACUAUCGGUUCGCUCGGGCAGGCCAAGCGGCACACCAGGCACUGCUGCGGGGCGCAUCGUUCCUAAGCUUUGGAUCCGAAAGGAUCAGAGGACACGGGGACACGCGAACCGUUGGCACCGUAACGAUGGUUCUGGACUUUACGCGCCGUCAGUGGCUGACGCUGAUGAUUAUGGGACUGGCCGAUUUCUGCAAUGCCAUUUGCGUCAGCUUACAGGCUCCGUUCUUUCCGAAUGAGGCAGAGUCGAAAGGUGCGAGCGCCACCGAGUACGGGCUGGUGUUCGGCAUCUUCGAGCUGGUGGUGUUCAUCAUCUCGCCCAUCUACGGCCAAUCUAUCAACCGGAUCGGGCCGAAAGUAUUAUUCAACAGUGGCAUCUUCACGACGGGCACCUCGGCGAUCCUGUUCGGGCUGCUGGACCGCGUCCCGGGCCACAUGCCCUUCAUCACGCUCGCGUUCGUGAUACGCAUCGUCGAGGCGCUCGGUAACGCCGCGUUCCUGACCGCAUCCUUCGCCAUCAUCGCGAAGGAGUUCCCGAACAAUGUGGCGACGACGUUCGCCUCGCUCGAGACCUGCUUCGGGCUCGGUCUCAUCGUGGGGCCGAUGGUUGGCGGGGCGCUGUACAGCGCCGGUGGCUACUACCUCCCGUUCGUGGUGCUCGGUUCGGCCCUCUUCGUGACCGCCAUCCUGACGCUCUGCAUCCUACCGAAACACCCGGACGAUCCGACCGAGAAUCGGGAAAAGUCCGCCUCGCUCCUGACGGUCCUCAAAAUUCCCGGUGUCGUCGUGUGUGCGCUGGCCAUCUGCGCCACGAGCGCCUCGAUCGGGUUUCUCAGUGCGACGAUGGAACCGCACCUGCGACAGUUCGAUCUUUCGCCCAUUCUGCUCGGUGUCGUGUUCGUCAUCAACGGCGGGGUGUACGCGUUGACGGCUCCGGUCUGGGGGUGGAGCGUCGAUAAGUUCCUCAACCCUAAAAUCGUGUCCUCCAUCGGCUGCUUCCUGGUCGUCGGCGGGUUCUGCAUGGUCGGGCCUGCCUCGUUCAUCCCACUCGAAACAACCCUCACCUACGUCAUCAUCGGACUGGUGCUACACGGACUAGGGAUCGCGGCGGUGCUUGUGUCCAGCUUUACCGACGCACUCGACAUUGCGAUCAAAAAGGGUCUCCCGGAUAACAUCGAAACGUACGGGCUCAUAUCCGGGCUUUGGACGUCGACGUUCGCGUUCGGUGCCUUCGUCGGCCCUUCGGUCAGCGGGCUACUGUUCGAUGCGAUCGGCUUCCGGGCGUCCACCGUUUUCAUCGUCGGGCUGCAGCUGAUCGUCGGCACGAUCACCAUCCUGUUCCUGUUCUUCGAACGCUCGCCCUCCCCGUACAAGGAGAUCUCCUCCGUGGAGUCACUGCUGAAACCUUCGACCGGCUCGCAGGACGGUGAUUCCCACAACGACAGCGCCGUCAGCCGAAGCAGCAGUCUUGACAUCACGUUCCGCAACAAGGCGGGAUUCUCUGGCAGCCAAAGUUCGCUCAUCGGUUCCUGGCGCCCGUCGGUAAACAAUCUCCUAAUCAGCAACAGCUAUCAAAGCAAACAAGGACACUGGGCACGCUCCGUGACCGAACUUGAGGCCAACCAGGGCACCCAGUACGGUACGCACUACGGCAGCUUCGACGCACGGCCCGGCUACCACGACACGAUGGCCUAGUGGCCGACGGCGGUUGUCUGCCUGUCUGCCCUGUCCACAAUUGGCCGCCCGCAACACCGGUGUGGCGUGGCGCGGGGCCCCACGGAUCGGUAUUCUCUUUCUUGUCCGCUCACCCAGCGCACUCCAGGAACCUGCCAAAAGACAACCAGCUUAACUAGUUGUAACACUACCUCCUAAGUAUCAGAAUCGUGGUGGCGCUUCGUUGUGCGAAAGCGGGCAUACUGCUCGCGUUGAUGACGCGCGCCCAAAACUUAGCACACACACACACACGGGCAGGCGGAUGCCACUCCUUGACCUCUGGCGCGCGCGAUGAUCUUCAGCGUUGUCCUACGGGAAUGAAGGUUUUUAGUGUUUUGCCUGUGAUGAUGUGUCUCACCGAACCUCGAUUGUGCCAAAUGAGCUUGGCCAGCAGUCGUCAGCCAUCAGACAGCGCCGAUUCAACGAUUCCGUCAGACUGUUGGCUGGCCAGAGUGGUCUGAAAUGGAACGUAGCCGAAAAGAAUGUAUACGAGCGGAUCUGAACGGCGGUUUCUGGUGGAUAGCCUCAAAUCACAUCUCGGUGGCCGCAUUCAGGGACGCGAAUCCUUCCUCGUCCCUUCAGGGACCUCGUCGAUACCGCGCACCGGCAGCUCCCAACGCCCAUCAACAGCGGGCGGUGCAGGAGGUCAGGACGCAGCGAUCCCGCAUUACGUGUGUGUGUGUGUGGGCAUGCGGUGUGUUGAUAAGUUUUGUGCGCUGAAAUGAGAGUAUGUUAGAUAAGGCAUGUGAGCAAACACAAAUCGAAAGUGAAAAUAAAAUAUUGUAU